AUCUUCAACCAAUUAUUGUACUGUUUUUUAUCACUUUUCUCUCGCUAAUCCAAAGUUCUGUGUUUCUUCCCUAACUCCCAAAUUAUGGUGGCUUUGAGAGUGACGGUCUCCCUCCCGUCGAUUGCUUUUGCUAAUAGCCUCGUCCGUUGCAGGCCGGCCCAGCGUCCUCUCUUCGCCGCCUUUGCCAGUUUCUCCAGUGGCGGAGCCACUUGCGGGCAAGCUUCUCCUCUACAGCGGCAGCUUGUGCUUUACACGAAGCCCGGAUGCUGUCUCUGUGAAGGCCUCAAAGAGAAGCUUCAGGCCGCGCUCUCCCUUGGUGGCUCUCACUCUCUCCACUCCGUCCAGCUUCAGGUAAGGGAUAUUUCUGGGAACGCUGAAUGGGAGAGGCUGUACCAGUACGAGAUUCCUGUCCUUGCCAAAAUACUCCCUGAUGGUAGAGAGGAAAUACUUCCUAGAUUGUCCCCUCGCCUUGGAGUCGAGCUCAUACAGAAGAAAAUUGCUGCCGCAUUAGAACAAUAGGUUCAUUUUGCAGGUGCUAUUGUUUUAAUUUAUAGAUUUAAGGAGCAAGAUGGAAUAUGUUAUUAUCUGCCCCAACUGAAUGGCCUUUGCUUUUCAUCACAAGGCAAGAAUUUAUAUUUCAGUCUUAUUUUUGCUUUGAUUUUUACUACCAAACCAAACAGAAGUAUAAUCUCUUGAGUUUACAGGAUCGUUUUAUCCCAUCACUAGUUUGGUGUCUGCAA